AUGGCCCUCAUUAAAGAAAUCAAACAAUUUCUGUUAGUAACAAUACGAGAAAAUUAUUUUCAAGAAUAUCUUCGACAAAUACAUGAAAAUACUUACUGGUUUUGCGAAGAUAAAUUUGAGAAAGUAUAUCCUCUUUCCGAAUACGAGAAUAGUACUGAAAAUAUUCAAAUAAAGAAUGAACAAUCAUUAUCUGAGACAACAACAGAGGGAGAAACAUUCGAACAAGAUCUGGAAGUAAUCGAAGAAAGUCAAGAGAUAGAUAAUUUCGAACAACAAUUAACAGCACUCUUAGAAGAAACAAAAGCUGAAAUUACCCCACAAGAUACCAAAGAAAGUGAUAGACCCAACCAAAACAACACUUCGUUCGGAAGUCUAUCCAAAUAUCAAGAAAUCAAUAAUAAAAUAAAUCAAAAUGAUAAAUUAAUCAACGAACUACAACAAAUAAACAUAAAAAUGAGUAGUAAUGUACUGGACUGGAAUCCAAACCCCAGGAAAGAAUUGCCAUGA